AUGUAUCGAAUGUACGUCAAAGAGAAGCUUUUGGAAGAGAGUAAAAGAGUACAAGAAAAUAAAGAAAAUACAAAGAAGGAAAAAGAAAAUCAAGAAGACGAAAAUGAGGAGGAUGAAGAAGCUAAUGAAGAAGAGAACAACAAAAAGCAAGAUGAAGAAGAUGAUGACAAGGAAGAUGAUACGGGUGACAAAAAUGGACAGAACCAAGAGAAUGACGGAAAUGAAAGGAACAAAAUAGGAAAAAAGAAACAAACAUUUGACGUUGUACACGAAAACAUCGUAAGAAAACCUAUGUACACAAAAAUCUCUAACAGCGAGUUCAAUUACGGAUUUUUUAAGCCAAAGAAGGAUCAGUGCGAGACUUGCACAGCAUAUAAGAUGAUGUCGCCCGAAGAGAAAGUUCAAAAUGAAUUGACACAAAACACUCAUCUUGAAAUGAAAUCUGAGGCAAGAAGAUUGAUAAAUCUUGACAAAGAAGGCGCUUUGAAGGACAGCAAGAUAUGCUGUGCAAGCUACAACUUGCAAAAGUCUUAA